UCCGUGCGGCAGGCCGUGGCAGCUCCAAGAUGGCGACUCCCAUGCAUCGGCUUAUAGCUCGGAGACAAGCUGAAGCCAAUAAGCAACAUGUAAGAUGUCAGAAAUGCUUGGAAUUUGGACAUUGGACUUAUGAAUGCACAGGAAAAAGAAAGUACCUCCACAGGCCUUCAAGAACGGCAGAGCUGAAGAAAGCUUUAAAAGAAAAAGAAAAUAGAUUAUUACAACAAAGCACCGGAGAGACUAAUAUAGAGAGAAAGACCAAGAAGAAGAGGUCUAAGAGUGUCACGAGUUCCAGUACCUCUAGCAGUGACAGUUCGGCCAGUGAGUCUUCAUCAGAGAGCGAAACAUCUGCCUCAUCCUCCUCAGAAGACAGUGACUCGGAUGACAGCCUCUCUAGCUCUUCCUCAUCAGUUUAUUCCUCCUCCUCUUCCUCCUCCUCGGACUCAGACUCAGACUCCAGCUCCUCCAGUAGCAGCAGUUGCAGUACAGAGAGUAGCUCAGAUGAUGAGCCGCCAAAGAAGAGGAAAAAGAAAUAGAAAUCUCUCCAUUGGACUGUCUAAUGAACCAAAAACAUCAGUAUGAUUCACAGGCAAGCAGGCUAGCCGGUCAGCUUGUUAGGAUUCAGACCUUUCUAAGUAUUCGCCAUUGUACAGAAUAUCAAUAAAAGAUAAAUAUAUAUAUAUAAUGUA